AUGUUUCCCUCAACCGCCGUGCUUGCUGGCCUAGGGUCACUCUAUACCCCUCUGGUGGCAUCACUCGUGAUGAGUGAUACCCUCCCUCAGCAGAUAUUGAACAAACCAACUCAACCCCAGUCAUUCCUGGAAAAAAGCAUAUUCAGAAAGCAAGAGUAUAUGAGCUCUGCGGAUUCGGGUCAAAAUGAGUUCCACAUCGACAACAAUUAUAGCCCGCCUUACAGUGGAAUCGCAACAUUCGCCCACCUGAAUUGGACCAAUUGCUUUGUUUCUGACAACGACAAGACGUUCGAUAUCGGUAUCGUCGGAGCUCCGUUUGAUCUUGGUGUGACAUAUCGACCAGGAGAGCGAUUCGGUCCGUCAGGAGCACGGUCCGGGUCGCGAAGACUUGACCCUGACAUGGCAUACAGCAUGGAUCAUGGUCUCAAUCCAUUUGUGGAUUGGGCUUCUGUGGUUGACUGCGGUGACAUCGCCAAUACGCCAUUCGACAAACUUGAAGCCAUUCAUGAAUUGGAAGCUGGAUGGAGGAAAAUCGGCUCAAGGAAGCCAAAAAAUUCCGAGAAGGGUGACCAUGUUCGAUUGAUAUCACUGGGAGGAGACCAUACCAUCACUCUACCCGCACUGCGAGCAUUGCAUGGUACAUGGGGCAAGGUUGCCGUGCUUCAUUUCGACUCUCAUUUGGACACCUGGGACCCUGUGCAAUUGGGCGGUGGUUUAACAAAAUACUCCGAGGUGACACAUGGUAGCAUGUUGCAUUUGGCCCAUGAAGAAGGGCUUCUCGCUGAUAAAAGCAACAUGCAUCUGGGAUCCCGAUCUAUGUUGUUUGACAAAGUGUACGACAUGAAAAAUGAUGCUCGAUGCGGGUUCACUGCCAUACGCGCUCGGAUGAUUGAUGAAAUCGGAAUUGAUGAAAUUGUUCGUAGAGUUGUUGAUACUGUUGGCGACAACUUUGUUUAUGUGAGCAUUGAUAUCGAUGUUCUUGAUCCUGCAUUUGCACCGGCAACAGGAACCAUCGAACCUGGUGGAUGGACAACCCGGGAGCUUUUACGAAUCCUCAAUGGGCUAUCGCAUGCGAAUUUGCCUAUAAUCGGGGCGGAUAUCGUUGAGUUCGCUCCUGUUUACGACAACCGUGCUGAGACUACCGCUAUUACGGUCGCGCAGAUUGCCUACGAGCUUUUGCAGUGGAUGAUUCGAGUUCCUGUAAACGCAAAUUAA